UUGAUCUUAACCAAAACAGAGAUUCCCUACUUCCAAGAAGUAAUCGUCAUGGCAUCCACUUGUGAUGCUUGUGGUUACCGCAAUUCUGAGUUGAAGCCUGGUGGGCGAAUUCCUGAAAAAGGGAAGAGAAUUGCUCUUACUGUGAAAAACAUCAGUGAUCUAAGCCGUGAUCUAAUAAAGUCGGAUACUGCAAGUGUGGAGGUCCCAGAGCUUGGCUUGGAGUUGGCUAGUGGCACUUUGGGAGGAGUUGUUACAACUGUUGAAGGUUUGAUUACAAAAAUUAGUGAAAGUCUUGAGAGAGUGCAUGGAUUUACGCUUGGAGAUAGUCUUGAUGAUUCUAAAAGGGCCAAGUGGCAAGAGUUCAAAGCGAGGCUAAACAAGCUUCUGAGCUUGGAAGAGCCUUGGACCUUAAUACUAGAUGAUGCUUUAGCAAAUUCUUUUGUCGCACCAGUGACUGAGGAUAUCAAAGAUGACGAUCAGAUGACAUUCGAAGAAUACGAGAGGUCGUGGGAGCAGAACGAGGAAUUGGGUCUGAAUGAUAUUGACACGUCUUCGGCUGAUGCUGCAUAUAACUCAACUGAUAUGAAAAUGGGGGAGAAAACAGAUGUAUGAGUUUGGUUUUAAGCAGGUUAAAACCAUGUUUAACCUAACUCAUGUUUGAUCCUCUUUCCAUGGGUUGUAUAUGGGUUUGGUUUUGAGUAGCAUCUUGAAUCCUAGCUCCAUGUUUAACUAUAAAGUAUGGGUGUGCUUCUCAACUUGAAAGUGGGUGGAGAGAGAAAUCUGUAUCAUGUUGAAAUUUAUAAGUUUGAGAUGAUUUAAUUUAAAAAUACUUGCAGUGAUUAGCUACUUAAAUUGUGCUAUACUAUUUUAUUGUC